CGCUGGCGGCCAGCUAUCACUUCAUCUCGUGGCCAUGGCAAAAAGCAUCUCGGCGUUAAGCCAGUUAAGCACUCUCCUUCCUUCGCGCAAUGGCCGAUGUCAGCCUCGCUUCGCUUCCAUGCUUCAGCUUAGACGAGAAGAUACUGCAGAUUCUGUGGGACGAAGGUGUCCAGAUGGAAGAGCUCCUCGAAUUUUCCUUCGAGCGCGUAGGAAAACUGGCUGCCGAGAGGGGCGUCGAGCUGGACGACGGCCACAAGGAGGAGCUAUGGCUCUACGUGCAGCACAUGAAGGCCGAGCAGCCAGACUGGGUGUCGCUGUCCCACUACCAGGACCGCUCCUCAAGGCAGCUCUUCGACUCCUGUUUAGAUUUCACCGGUGCCACGCACUUUCAUACGGCACAGCUCACAUGGGACACGUCGUCUUGGAACCAGUCAUGUCAUGCCUCCUUCAGCCAGGACUCAUUAGAGACCACAGCGUUGCCCUGUGCAGAGAUAAACAGUGCGGGCAAGGCCAACAGCGUCAAGACCAAGUCCUCCAAGCGGACGUGCAAGACGCCCAAGACGUUCAGGCUUUCCAAAUGUGACCUGAGCCCGAUCUCUCCCAAGCCGAGGGCGCCGGUUCGCCGCUCGCGCAGCAAGGUUGCCGCCCUGCUGAGCCGUUUAGUGCGCGAAAGGACCACAAAAGAGCCACAGGAGGAUCGUUUCUUUACACGAGGCAUUUGGCCUUCGUGGCUCAACUUCAAUACGACGCCCAGGCAAUCCAGUCCCACAGCACAAGGCAAUGGACGAACCAGUGCCGCCCUCCCCGGCCGCCAGAGGACGCCGUUGCUGCUGCGUUGGCUCGGCCGCAAGCGGUCGCACGGAUACAGGGUGUCGACUGUGCGACAGCGACCUUGAUCGAGGCUCGACAAUAACAUCCAUGCCAUCCGGAGUUUUUCCAUCCUUGACAAUGUGCACAUGGCGGCACCCGAACUGGCUCGCCAUCAAACUACCUUUCCGUGCUUCAAUCUCCAUGUGCACGCUUCUCGUUUUAUCUACACUAUACAAGGUGUUUCACCUAACUUGAACAAAGUAUUAAAAAAGUGGGUAACUGCCCCUGAAUGAAACCAAUGACACGUGGUUUGCCAUUAUGCGGCACUCCAAAGAGUAUUUUUUAUAUUCCGCUUAAUUGGUUAAUUAACGAAGAUCAAUUAUGCAAAAUGUUUAUUACUCACUUUAGGGCCAAGUGAGUUUUGAUACAUUGUAGAGCACGCACGGGUCUUUCGCUCGAAGCACGGUUGAGAGGGCUGCAAUAUGAUAGCGCAGGAGCGCAGUCACGUGGGUUUCUUUAAAUGCUGGAACAAAUCACGCUCCAGGUAUGUUGGCACAAUAAGAUUGGAUCGGUCAUUUUUGAGCCUCCUACAACGUAACGAAACGCACUUGACCUUAAAGUGAAUAUUACAAAAUUUUGAAUAAUUCAUCUCGCUUAAUUCACUAAUUAGGCGUAAUAUACAACAUUAUAUUGAGGAGCGCCACUUGGCGGCAAACCAUGUCAUUGGUUUCACCCAGGUGCGGUUAACCACUUCGUCUUAAAACAAUUGGUUCAAAUUACGUUCAAAUUCAACAGCCUUGGGCACCUUUCACCAGGCUUACGCAGUGCUCUGAAUUUGUCAUCUCGCUUCAUUUGUCAUCUCGUGUCAUCUCGUUUCAUAUUUAUCUCGACGAUCCGCGCAAAUUAUGCACAUUCUUCACUUUUAUUCUCAAUAAAAAGAUGAGCCGUCCAUAUUUCAAACAAA